AUGACUAAUACAAUCGUACCUGCUAAUAACUUUCAAAAUAUCAAAGAAGUUAUCAAAGUUGUAAAUAAGCUUAGAGAUUUUGGAAUUGAGUCUGAUAAGAUAUAGCUUCCAAAAAUUGUUGUCAUUGGUGUUUAAUCUUCUGGUAAAUCUUCGCUUCUUGAAUAAAUUGUACAACUAGAUUUUUUACCUAGAGGAACUGGAGUUGUCACUCGUUGCCCUUUAGAAAUAAGACUCAUAGAAGUUACUAAUUAAGACAGUGAUUUUAAGCCUUACGCUUACUUUUUCGAAGAGAGGUAAAAAAUCUUUCAUGAUUUUGAACUAGUGAAAAAAGAGAUUCAAAAGAUUACAAAUGAUUUUGCUGGUCCAGGUAAAAAAAUAGUAGAUAAAGUUAUUACUUUAACUAUCUAUUAGGCCUAAUGUCCUACUUUGACUUUAAUCGAUUUGCCUGGUAUGACUUUAAAUUCUGUAGGUGACUAGAAAGAUAUUGAAAGAGUUACAUAAGAUAUGACUAAAAAGUAUAUCAUUGAAAAAACAACAAUCAUUCUUUGCGUUAUUCCAAUUAAUUAAGAUUUGGAAAACUCACUUGCUUUAAAUCUUGCUAGAUCUGUAGAUGAAAAUGGAGAACGUACUAUUGGUGUUCUUACUAUGAUUGAUAUAAUGAAUCCUGGUACAAACUGUGAGAAUGUGUUGAAAAAUAGAUAAAUUCCCCUUUUGCAUAGGUAUUACGGUAUGAAACCUCGUAGCUAAAAAGACAUCAACGAAAAUGUUUCAGUAUAAGAAGCAAUCUAAAGAGAAUAAUUAUAUUUCACUUCACAUUAAAUUUAUUCGAUGUAUCCUGAGUACACAGGUACAAAUGCUUUAACUAAUAAGUUAUCAACUUUGUUAGACAGUCAUAUUCGUACUUUCUUACCUUCAAUCCAUAAAAAAAUAAAGAUGACCCUUUCUGAAAGAAUAAAAGAAAGAUAACAAUUGGGAAAUGAGUUUCCUACUGAAGUUACUUAGUAACUAUAUGAACUAACAAAUAUUAUUAACACAUCCUUGAAUUUAUUUAAGCAAGCAAUGACUAACUAUGACGCUAGCGAAAUUCAGAAUAUCGGUAAGAUUAAAGUUGAUGAAAGAGUUGGUAAAAGUUAUGCAGACUUUCUGUUUGAUAAGUAUUUAUUAAUUUGUAAAAAAAUAUCUGAAGAAUAAGUUUUUAAGGUUAAAAUGAAAGACCUUAUCAAGGAGCUAGGAAAAUUUAGAGUUCAAGUUAAUGGAUUCCUUCCUUUUGAAGUUUUUGAAUCUUAAAUAAAGCAAAAAAUAAAUUUAUAUGAAACAGAGGCUAUAGUAAUUUUAGAGUAGCUGAAAGAGCAUGUAAGGAAAGUAUUAAAUCAUUGCAUAGAUUUAUUUCCUUUCCCAAACAAUAAAAUAAAGAAAAUAAUGUAGGAUAUACUUUAAAACUUUGUAUAAACAGAAUAUAAUUUCACAUCAUCUCACAUAAAAACUGCAUUUUAUUGCUACAAAGAUUGUAUUUGUUCAAAAAUGAUAGAUAUUCAUGAGACUGAAUCUAAAUUGAAAUAAAAUCACGUAUACCUGCAGAAUGAUAACCAAUAGAAAAAAGUUUUAUAUGAGUAUAUUUCUAAAAAUAAAUCAUUUAUGGAAUGGACUGUUUAAGAAAUAAUGAUAAAAGCAGAAAAUUUAUGUAAUGUUCCUAUUACUAUGAGUGAUUUAUAGAAUACUUACACAAAGGCAGAAGAAAAAGUAUAAAACACAGAUGAAGUUUUGAGAUAUUCAAUUAUUUAUUAUAAAUACAUGGAUAAUUUUAGAAAAUAAAUCAGUGAUCAAAUUCCAUAGUGUAUUCAAUCUUUAUUCAUUAAUAGCCUUUGUAAGAAUCUCAUGGUAAAAGUUUUCUAAGCUAUUUAGAGCAAAGAAUACAAAGAAAUUAUAGAAAAAAACCUAAAAGAAGAUGAAAUAAUUGCAACUAAAAGAGCAAAGGUAAUUUAAUCUAUCUAAAAAUUAGCUAAAGCAAACGAUAGGCUGGAACGUUUAAUCGAUUAAGGCUAAAAUUGCAAUCACAUGCUAUCCACAACUUAUGGUGAUGAAGAAAAUUAUAUUCACGAGUCUUUAGAAGACUCUGAUGGUAUUGAUGAUUGA